CGCUACAGCACGAAAAAUUGGUUCCCAUGAGCCGAUCAACAUGACAUCUCAACAUGUCGUGAUCACUGUUCACAUUUGUGUGUAGCUGGAUACAUGUGAGCGACAUGACGGGGAUCUUGAGCAGGCUUUGCCUGUCGUAUGUUUUAUUGUUCACGUGUCAUCAUAAUGGUCUCUUGAGGUUUUCGACGGCGACGGCACAAGCGCACGAUGAGUCUCUGGAGCACAGGCUGUCAGAGGAGGCAAGCCCUGACCUGGAGAACAGCCCCAAGUUUGUGGAGUCAGAAGACCUGGAAACUCUGCCCAAGAGGCAGUUCAAGACGGCUGAGAUCGCAGACGCCGUGAUGGGCACCGAAGCUCCCAUCGAUCCGUCUGACAUCGAGUCCCUCUUCCCGAAAAAUGUGAAAGACUUCCAGUCUGGCUUCUCCCCACCUUGUGACGAGAACAGUGGCGAGUGCGAUUCGUCUGUCGAGGCUGCUAAGAGAGCAUCGCUGGAGGAGACGAGCACUGAACCGUCCCAGCAGGUGACCCUCGACAUGGUGCACGUGGACGUCUCGACCACCGAGGAGCAGAACGCCACAGAAACUGCCAAGACGUUCAAGGUGAACUGUGAUCAGAGGAACAUCACAGGAAUGGACAGUUUCAGUGUGCACGUCCUCAAUGCUUCGCAGGACCUGAUGGAGUUCCUGAAUGCUAACGGCACUGAAUGCUCUGUGGUGCUGUUCUUCACUUCCUGGUGCCAGUUCUCUGCCAGCCUGGCACCUCACUUCAAUGCCCUGCCCCGAGUCUUUCCCAGCAUGCACUUCCUGGCACUUGAUGCCUCUCAACACAGCAGCCUCUCCACAAGGUUUGGGACCGUGGCAGUGCCCAACAUUCUUUUGUUCCAGGGGGCCAAACCCAUGGCUCGCUUCAACCACACGGACAGAACACUGGAGACCCUUACCUCAUUCAUCGCUAACCAGACAGGGUUUGAAGCCGGCGCUGACAGAAACCUUACGGAAGCAGACCGCCUAGGCCCCCUCCCCGGCGUCCCUGUGAAGAGCAUCGACUGGCUGCUGGUCUUCUCCAUCCUCUUCAUCACAGGGUUCAGUCUCUACGCCAUUCUGCGAACAGACAGCAUCCGCUGGCUAAUACCGGGACAGGAGCACGAGCACCAGGACUGAAAACACACCCACAAACCUCUAGAUGUAAACAUUAUUUGAUGAAUGGUGAACGGUUGCUAAUUUGCUUAUAUUUAAAGUGUUUUAUGGACAAAAACAAUGAUUUGAGCCAUUGUUAUUUAUAGUAAAACAUAAUGAUACUUGGGUGUUAACAUUUCAGGGCCAUUGGCUGUAUUACAGAAGUCUAAUCAAUGAA